AUCUAUACCUGUAUCAAGACCUGAAAGGGAGCUUGCCUGCUACUACAAUGCCUCACUUAACACCACAACAACUGCUCGCCGAGCUGGAAGUUUUCGCUUUACAGCCACCAAAUGAGGCUUUGGAGGACGCCGAUGUCCGGGCCAAACUCUAUGCCUUGUUUGAUAAGGCGAAGAAAUUACUGGAGACUCCGACCGAGUUGGUCACUAGAUUGCUGUUGUCUCAGCAUGUCGAAGGCACGGUGAUCGACGUUGCUCUAGAUCUAGAAUUAUUCUCCAAGCUGGAAGAGGAAAAUGGUAGCACCAAAACGCUUGAGACUUUGGCAUCCUCUAUCAAGGUGGAACCCGCGCUUCUUAAACGACUUUUGCGUGCUCUAGCAGCAUUUGGUGCUGUCCAAGAAGUUGAGCACGAUGGCUAUAGGCUAUCGCCGUCGCACUCCAUACUGGCAAAUAAUGACUUUGGACAUGCGGUGGUUACUGUGUCUGAAAUUCUCCACCCUACUUACCAAGCCCUACCCCAGUACCUGAAGUCAAGAAAUUACGCGACGCCAACCGAUCCAAAGAACACCGUAAUCCAGCAGGUCUUUGGGAUUAAAGACAAGGACAUGAUGAGCCUUGUUUUGGAAAAGCCCGAUUGGGCACGCGGUUUUGGCAUGCUCAUGAGCACAUGGGGCGAGAGCCAUGCUUUGCUCCAGCAUCUAUAUCCUGUCAAGGAAAGGCUUGUGGCGGGUUUCAACGCCGAUAUCAAUCCAGUAUUGUUUCUGGAUGUCGGCGGCGGAUACGGUCAGAAGUCCAUUGCUCUCCGGCAGGCAUUCCCCGACCUCCCAGGCAAAGUCGUCGUUCAAGACAUGCCCGUGUUCAUUGAUACUGCACCAGUUGUGGAGGGGAUUGAUUUUACUGUCCAUGACUUCUUCACGGAACAACCUGUCAAAACUUGCGUGAAGAUAUUGAGCAUGCUUCGACCUUCCCUAAAACCGGGUUACUCCAAACUUCUUAUUCACGAAUUGAUAGUACCCGAGACUGGCGCCAGUACAUGGGCCGCCGUGCAGGAUAUCAACAUGAUGUCUCUGGCCGGUGUAGCUGAGCGAACGGAGAAGGAUUGGAAGAGUCUCAUUCAUGCUGCUGGACUCGCCGUUGAGAACAUUUAUCGAGCUACGGAUGGGGUCUCUGAGAGUGUCAUCGAAGUAGUUGUGGAAGAGCAAUGUUAAGCACGUCAGAA